GCGUGCUCGGGCUCCAGACGCUGCAGACUUUGCACCAAAACACAGCUGAGCCGCGGCUCUGUGAACCCGAAGCUCUGUGAACCUGAAGCUCUGUGAACCUGAAGCUCUCCUCCGUCUCUUCUGUUGAUGCUCGCAGCUCCUCUGACGGGCCUGCACCUCCACCGCGAAGAAGAUGAAGCUCGAGAUCACUCUUCUUCAGAUUCUUGCUGUGCUCUUCCUGCCUGGAGCAUGGACUCAGAGCAGCACGAGUGCUCUCGGUGCGGUGGUGGAAACUAAGAACAUCACCUUCCCUGCGGGGUCCAAGGCCGUGCUGCCCUGCCACAGCCCCCGCAUGGUGUGGACCCAGGACCGACUGAAGGACCGUCAGAGGGUGGUGCACUGGGACAUGGUCCGCAGCAGCCCGGAGUAUUCUGUGGAGAGAAUCCUGGACAUGUCCCCCGGAGGCCGCCAAAGGGUUUACAACGGUUUCAACAAAGGACGCGUUUCCGUCCCAGACUCGGCUUUCAACGACGGCAACUUCUCCCUGGUCAUCGACAAUGUGGUCACGACCGACAAAGGAGUUUACACUUGCAAUCUGCACCAUCACUACUGCCAGAUUCACCAAUCCAUUCAAAUCCAGCUCAAUGUCACAAAGUCAGUUCGCAAAGAGAAACGUUACUGGGAUGGAGAGAGGACUGUGUUCGUGGUCUUACUGGGCAAGUCGGUGGUUUUGCCUUGUGUGAACCGGCGCUCCCUGUGGAGAGAGGGUCUCCAGGAGGACCAGCAGCAGGUGGCUCACUGGGACUUCCAGGCCCCGGGAGUGCGUCAGGACAGGGCCAACCGCCUGGUGGACCUCUACGCCUCGGGGGAGCGCCGGGAUUAUGGCCCGCUCUUUGCCGAGAGCAAGAUGAGCGUGGAGGAGGACGCCUUCACGGUGGGCGACUUCUCCUUGUCCAUCUCUGACUUGAAGCCUGUGGACAGAGGCCUGUACUCCUGCCACCUGCACCACCACUACUGCGGCCUUUACGAGAGACGCAUCUUCCGGCUCACCGUGGCACCAUCACUUCCACCUCCACCUCCACCCCCGCCCGCCUCCACCACAGCGCCCAGAAUCUUCCAGAAUGACGUGCCUGUGCCAA